AGUUGGGUAGGAGGUGGAGGAGGAAGAAGGAGGGAGGGCCGCGCAAAUGUCAAAGUACUUCACUUGACACAAGAUGGAUCCUCUCUGAUAAUGUUUUUUUAAUUAUCUCUGUUCCGUAGGCUUUAUCAAGUCUACUAACACAACAAUGGACUCUAACAUUACGGAGAUAAUAGAGGAAUUCAUGGAAAGUGCGUUGGUGCAAUGGGUUCAGUUGUUUGAGAAGACGGUUGAGAGUGAGCAUGGCGGCCCGCUCCACAGUCAGUAUAUGGAGGUGAACUCAGUUUCCCAGAGUGCUCUGGACCGCUACCUUGGGCUGACCAGUGGAAUUUUCCUCAAUGAGGUCAUGAGGGUUAUAGACCCCAACCCCAAAAAGGAGCGACUUUACGAGAGUGGACGAGAUGACCACAUGCUGAGAGUACAGAACUUCUCCAUCUUAAACCGACACCUCAGAGCCUUCUACCAGGAGGACUUGCAACAGUUGAUAAUGAUGUCACUGCCAAAUGUUGCCAUCCUGGGGCAGGACCCUCUCACAGAGGCAGCUGUAGAAGAACUCAGGCGUCUGCUUCUUCUCUUACUUGGAUGUGCCGUGCAGUGUGAGAGGAAGGAGACAUUCAUUCAGCAGAUCCAGUCUUUGGACAUCCAGACCCAGGUGGCCAUCGCCAGCUGUAUUCAAGAGGUGACUCAAGAUCCUCGAGUGGUGCUGCCUCUGCAGUGGGAGGAGCUGAUGGAGGUGGAAGGUGCAGACCUACACCUGGUGUUCAGCUCCAUGGCCAAACAGAUCCAGAGCCUGCUGGCACAGAGAGACACACACCUGGAGAGGAUAGCAGAGCUGUGUCGAGAGCGUGAGGCUCAGGCUGACUCAACCACAGGCCCUCUGGGUGGUCACAGCACGGAGCCACCUCAAGGUCUGGCACUCCAGCUGGCAGAUAGCAAGGCCAAACUGCGCCGCCUUAAACAGCAACUGCAGGAUAAGGACGACCAGAUAUUAGACAACAAACAGGACGUCCAGUCCCUGGAGGAACAGCUGAAGAAACUACAGAAGGAGAGAAAAGGGUUUGAAUCCUUACGCGAUGAGCUGGACUGUGCACGGGAGCGGGCUACACGGGCCGAGCAGCUCCAGAGUGAGCUCCAGGGUUGUAAACACCGGCUGCGCAGCCUGGAGCUCACACGAACUCAGCUGAAGGAGCAGCAGCAGCUGUGUGCGGCGCUGCAGGAGACCAAAGCUCUUCUGGAAGAACAGCUGUCAGGUGCACGGGCACGGUGUGAAUCAGUAAGGGAGCUGGAGAGGGACAAUCAUUUGCUGCGGCAGAAAAUCAUGGUUGUGGAAGCGGACAGAGAUACUGAGAGGCAGAGAGUGGAUGAGUUGCUGGAAAUGAACAUGAGCCUUAAGGCAGACCUGAGGCUGAGCAGCAGAGGCGUUGGUGGCGGCAAUGGCGGCGGCGUUGAUGAGUUUUCCGCAGUUCACAGAAGGUUUCUCCAACUGGAACUGGACUCUGAUGAGGAGCUGAGCACACUGAUUGAUCAGAAGCCACUGAGCGUGGAAGUGGAUGAGGCUUCAACACUGAGGCUGCUGGGAGCAGAGCAGGAGAACGCGGAGCUGAGGAGGCGAUUAGAGGAGCUUCGAGUGCUGCAGGAGGCUGAUUCUCUCUUAGAUACGAGAAAUGAACGGGCUGGUUUGGAGGCAGAGCAUCAGGACUUACUAACAGAGUUUCACAACCUGAGGAAUCAAAAUGCCUCUUUAAAACAGCAACUGGAACAAGUGAUGAUCAACAUGCAGUUACCAGAAGUCAAAACGAAGGAGAAAGGAAUAAAGAAGCCAGAGAAAGGGAAGGAGGAGGAGGAGAAACAGGCAGAGAGAGGAGUCCAGGGAUGUGAAAAGAGCAGAGGAAAGGGGGAAGGAGGUUUGAAGGAGGCAGCGGGGAGGGAGAGCAGAGGGGAGAUCAUUGGGACUCGGAGGGAAUCAGGAGUUGGUGAGGAGAUUCUUCAUGCUCAGGAAGAACAAUGUGAUGGAGGAACAGUAGCCAGAAGAAGGGGGGAGGCAGAGGGAGGACGGAAAGAAAAAGAGAGACAGGAUAAGGAAUGUGAGCUAAGAAAAGACCUGCCUCUUUUAACAACAAGUUCAGGGACCAACAUGCAUCCACAAAGUCUUGAAGUUAAAACCGAGGUGACAGCUGAAGACCAUGCUGCGUGCUGCUCACCUUCUCCUGAUGUGGAGCUUUUAAUAACACAGCUCCAGAAGGCCCAGGAGGAAGCUGACAGGCAGACAUUAGUGGCCCAAGAACUACACUCCAAGCUGGGAGAGCAGAGUAAGAAGACGUGGGAGGCUGAGCAGAGGCUGGUGGUCCAUGAAGCAGAGCUGCAGCGCCUGAAGAAAACCGCCGAGAGUCUGGGAGAGGCCCGCAGGCAGAUAGAGGUUCUUCAUUCUGAAGGUCUGGCCAUGGAGGAGGAGCUGUGUCGUCUCAGGAGCCAAGCAGAACUCCACAGGAUCCAGACCACGGUCAUUGCCACCCUGGAGGGAGAGCGGGCCACUCUGGAGAGAGACAAGGAGAUGCUGCGCAGCACAGUGGACGCCAUGCGUAACGCACAGCGCAAGAGUGACCAAAUGGAGCUCAACAUCCAGACCCUCACAGCAGAGCUAGAACGUCAGGGACGAAGUUUGGAGACCUCGCGUCGACGGGAGGAGGAGCUGGAGGCAGAGCUGCACGAGGCCAGUAAAGAGGUGCAGUCUGUGACCAGGGCACGAGACCAGGCGCAGCUAGAAGCUGCACGGCUGGAGCAGGAGAGGGAUGUGUGUCAGCUGGAGCUGGAUGGUCAACGCAGGGAGGGGAGGCAGAGAGAGCGGGAGGUGGCCAGACUGAGGCAGCAGCUGGAGAGCACGACCCUGGCCUUGGAGCAUAGCAACCAGAGAGCAAGGGCUCUAGACUCUGAGCACAGGCGUGUGUGUCAGCAGCUGUCUGAGUCAAGGGAGCUCUGCACUCAACUUCAGGACCUGGAGAAAGACCUGAGCACUCGAUUAACCAGCAUGGAGGAGGGUAAACAGCAGCUGCAGCAGCAGUACUCAGACGCUCAGGCCAAGAUUAGCUCACUGUCCCAGGAAAUCUCCACUCAGAAAGCUCGUUCUCAGGAACUCUCCACUGAAGUUGAACGCUUGAACAAGAAAGUGGAAAAAGCCGAAGCUGAACGAAAAGUGGCCACAGAUUCACUCAGCCAAUCACAGGACAGGAUCGAGUCACUCUCCCAGAGCCUGAAGGAGAGUGAAUCACUUUUACUGCUGGAAAAGAGAAGAAGAAGUACUGAUGUGGACACUUUGUCAAAUUCAAAACUCGACUCCUCAAACCAAUCGCACAUUUGUCAGACACCGACCACGGAGAUGACACCUGCGGACCGGUCCCCUGGAGUCAGCAAAGGUCACGGCCUUGCCAUGAGUCCUGGUGAUGCCAUAGAAGGGACAGAGAGGCAGUGCGAAGAGAGGAUAACGGAGCUGGAAAAGGAGAGAGCAGUGGCUGUAGCAGGACAGGAGGCUUUGCUGUCACGGUUGUCCCAGUCCCAGGAGAUGUGCGAGCAUCUGAAAGAGCAGCUGGAAGCGCUUCACCGACACUCGCUCAUCCUGCAGGACUCCUGCACCCAACUGCAGACGCUCAACACCAGACUACAGAUGGAGCAGGCGUCGCUCAGCUCCCAGCAUUCAUCAGCAUUAGCUCACUGCAGUGAGAGCGAAGCUCGCUGCGCGACUCUAGAGGCUGAGUCCAAAGUGUGGGUGCGGGAGCGGGAGGAGUCGGCCUUAAGGAUGGAGGCUCUAAGGCGGGACCACGAGCGGAUGACGGCGCUGCAGCAGCGGCAGGAGGUGGAACUGGAGGAGCUGCUGGACAAACACUCUCAGCUGAGGAGCAGUAACCGCUGCCUGGAGGCCCAGUACAGGGAGCUGGAGGCCAGAUACAAGGAGAUCCUGGAUCGUAAAACACAGAUGGAGGAGAGGGAGCAGGAGAUGAAGACACGGAGAGAGGAAAUGGAGGCAGAGGCCCAAAGGAGGCUGGAGCCAGAACAAGAGCUGGAGAGGCUGAAAGAAGACAACGAGAGGCUGCAGGCCCACCAGAAGGAGUGGCUGGCGUUGCAGACAGAGUUGUUGGCUCAGGGCUCCAUGCUGAGGGGGGAGCUGAGCGCCUCCCAGCUGGAACGGACUCGACAGGAGGGGGAGCUCAGUGUCCUGAGGGAAACCAACCAGAGCCUGGACCUCAGCAACGCCCGGCUUACCAGCCAGUACCAGCUGUUGACGCAGCUGAAGGGGAACAUGGAGGAGGAGAACCGACAGUUAGCGGAGCAGAACCAGAGCCUGCUGAAGGAGAACCGAGCCUUACUGGAGCAGAGCCUGAGCCUGGAGCGUAGUGACCAGCACUAUUUCCAGCAGAAAGAGUACCAGGAGAAGUUGACCGAACUAAGACGAGAGAAGCAGAAGUUGUUGGAGAAGAUUAUGGAUCAGUACAGAGUCCUUGAGCCAAGCAUGCAACCACCAACCCCCAAGGCCAAGAAAUCUAACUGGAUUGCAGACAGGAUGAAGAAACUAAUGAAACCUCGCGGAGGAGCAAGAGACGGACGAGCCCUCUUCAUUGCUGCGGGCAGCGUGGAAAACCUGGCCGACAGCAGUGAAUUUUCAUCAGACACACACACACCUCAGACCGAUCCUCGCAGUGCUCCAGUUUCUCCAAGUCCCCUAAGAAAAGCUCGCUCACAGACUGAACCAGUCAUUUCAGCACCAGGAACUCCAGCUUUGCCUUCUGCCUCUGGGGGCCGUCGGAAGUUGGGAUCUCGUCACGGGUGGGGGCUGGGCUUGUCCAGAGGAGGCAGCGGAGUCUCCCAAUCCUUCAGUCCUGGAGACAACAAAACACAUCCUCGCCAAAGGCUGCGCUCCAGCCAAAACAACUCCACUGUCCUCUGGGAGAAGGAGAAAGGAGCGGCCAACGAGUGUCAGGAAGCAGAAGCAGAGCUGACCAAUCAGGAAAGUGUUGAGGAGGAGGAGGAAAAGGAAGAAAACCAUGAGUUGAGGGAUGACAGCGUGACGGACUGAUCAAGACGUACAAACAAAAACAAGAUGGAAAAAAGUGUUAUAUUGUGUUGUUUUGAUGCCACAAUUUUUAUGUAGAUGAUGAAAUCUUAUUAUUAUUUUUUAAAUAAACGAAUGAAUGCAUAAAUGAU